AUGAGCCCCGGCACGACGCAAACGGAUGGGCAUACGAACAAUAGCCUCAAGAGUGCGCAAAGCUCCAAGAAACGCACGGACGAAACCAUAUUCAGUCGCAAGUCGAUGAGUGAGCCGACCCGAAGCCCGGCAAAGCCUCAAUCUGGAAGUCUCGAGCCUUCCAAAAGGUAGCCCUUGUCUUCAACGCAGACCUUGAACCUGGAAAAUACGGCAGAGGUUGCGCUGCGACAAAAGUUCGAGGCAUUGCUGCUCGAGCGCUCAAGCGAUCAGCAACCGCGUGUCAAGAGCUACAAGAGCGUCUCGACUAUCUGAAGCAGGAAGAGGUGGUUGAUGGUUUGGACUUCAAUGAGGCAAGGCUUCAACUUGCAGAGUCUCUCCUUGAGCUGCGACUGAGCAGAAGUCUGAGAAGGGCACUGCUUGACAAGCGCAAUCCAGAUUACAAGGCAUUCUUGGAAUAA